GGCGGGGGGCGCGAGGAGCACCACCAGAAGAAGCGCUGCGAUGCUCACGCGCUGAAGGAGCCGCUGACAGCAUCACCACAGGGAUAUUCCCGCGCGCAAGACACGCGAAGGACACACACACACACACACAUCAGUCGCCCUGCCAUCUUUAUCAUGCAGCAUCUUCUGCAGCGUCAGGAGCGCGCAGUGCGCGUGCAGCUGAAACUGCGGCUGGCUGCAGCUGAAGUGUUUGAUCUGUCCUGAAAGGGCUCCUGGGAGAGCAUCGAAGGAAGGAAAGGAGCGAGAGAUCCAGCUGCAGAAAACAUGAGCCAGCUGGCCUCCAUGUCUUCACCUGUCAAUAAAAAAUCCGGCUCUGGAUCUCGCAGUCAUGGCUAUGCAAGCUCCUUAACUCUGAGCAUAAUUCUCUUUCAAACCUGAAGAUUGAUUUCACAGUGUGCCGUUGAAAAGCUAUUAAGCCUAAGAAAGCAAUGAGACUCAGCGUUAAUAAUGCUAGCAGUCUCUUUUUUUGCAUGAGAUGCAUUAGUUUAAUUGCUACUAGAUAAAAAUACUUAGCUUAGAUUAAAUAUAGAAAUCAUGGUGGAUAAAAUAUGUCAAUACACGGCAGAGCUAUUUUAAUCUAUUGAGUCUGUUGUAGUACAGAGAUUGUUAAAUUAUUUUUUUGUUAAUUAGCUAUUAAUAAGCUACAAUGUCCAGUUAAACAAUCCUGUUUCAACUCUCACUGUCCAUUUUUUCAGCUCCACUGAUCUUGUAGGAGCAAUUUAUAGUUGUAGUUCUAUAAUUAUAGACUGUAGUCAUUCUGUGUGCUUCAGUACUGCAGUGACACUGAUAUGGUGGUAUUUUAUGUGUGUGUGUUGUUUUGAUUUGUGUGGAUUAGGCACAGCAGUGCUGCUGGAGUUUUUAAACACUGUGUUUACUCACUGUCUACUCUAUUGAGCCCUAUCCGGACGGGAUUCGUUUCUCAGGGGAACGUCUGUGAAAAAUAUUUCACACUUCUACUCAGUGAUAAAACUCUUGGUUCCGGACUGCAAUAAAAAAAAAAACAGGAGGACCAGUGAGUUUUAGCUUUCUCAGUAACAUGACAUUGCGUUCAGUAGCUCCUCCAUUUCCACUCACUGGUGUGUUUACAUGGCUCUCCAUGGAACCGUGCCCACAAAGUGUAAUUACGGUGCGCAGUAGUGAAAAAAUAGCUAUUAUAUUAAACACAAGGUGACAAAACUCAAACAUGUGCAUCCAGAUGGCACUUAAAUUAUCAGAAGAUCACGGAGUUCAGUGAAAAACAGUAGGUAAUUCAGCCUGUAAUUUUCUCAGAGGAAGUCUGAGAACAACACAUACAUGGUCGUUCUGGACGGAAAUAAAAUCACAGAGGACCCCCCAUAAAACAGAAAAUAACCCCAGGACCCUGUGUGGGCUUUAGACACCUUAACUACCAACUUGUAGAUGUAAAGACAGAGCCAGAAGCUCAUUUGUUGCUGGAUAGUAUGUGUUUGUCAUCCUCUAGUCUUUGAUCAGUGUGCAUAGAACACUGGGUGGAUAUUUCUCAGUCCAGAAGUAAAAUUAUGGUUUAAAAACUCCAGCAGCACUGCUGUAUCUGAUCCACUCGUACCAGAACCACAUGCACAAACAUAAUACCACCAUUUUACUCUAAGAUUAGUAACAUAAUCAGCUACUCAGCUACGAUUAGCCGUGCUAGCAUCUCUGUUUACAGUAGAGCCCAGCUCUCUGCCUUUGUGUCUUGUCUCUCCUCAGAUUCAACCCCCUGAAGGCCCUGCAGCCUAAAUGGCGCUUGCAGCAAAUGCUGUCCCCCUCCUCUGCGCCCCCUCCUUUUGACUAUUGCAGGUUUAUAGAGCUAGACUACACCCCCAUGGAGUCAGGCAUUAUGGUCUCUAUGAGGCAGAGCCGCGGAUUUCUGACGCCCAAGUCUCCGGAGCAUCACUGUCGACGGAGUCCGGCACCCGUCAGUAACCGAGACCCCUAUGGCAAUGCAUCCCUCAGCAGCAGCAGCACUUCAGGCUCGUGCAAGGGAAGUGAUGGAAGCCCCACCCACAGGCGUCACAUGAAGUACACCUCCUGCACAGAUAACCAUGGUAUCAAACCCCCUCCCCCUGAACAAUAUCUUACCCCUCUGCAGCAGAAGGAGGUGUGCAUCAGACAUCUGAGGGCACGGCUCAAAGAUACUGUCGAUAGACUACAGGACAGGGACUCCGAGAUCGAUGAGCUACGGACGCAACUCUCACGGAUGCAGGAGGACUGGAUUGAGGAAGAAUGUCACCGUGUGGAGGCCCAGCUGGCCCUGAAGGAGGCACGUCAAGAGAUCCAGCAGCUCAAGCAGGUGAUUGACGUGGUGCGUUCCAGCCUCGGCGAAACAGACACAGGCGUGCAGAAGUGCUUCCAAGACAUCAACCUCCAGAACCACAAGCUGGAGACCCUACUGCAGAACAUGGAGCUGGCCCAGGCUGGAGGGUCCAAAGAGACUGAGGCUCCUAGCUCCGGGGGAGGGGUGGUGGGGGCAGGGCUGGAGGUUGGCGAGGGUCUUGCGAGGUCCUGUGAAGGUUCUCCGGCACGCUCGCUGACCCGCAGCUCUACCUACACCAAAUUGAGUGACCAAGCAGUGGGGGAACGCAAUGGGAGUGGCAGCGGAUCGGAUAUACCUUGCCUGUCAGGCGAGGGCACUCAGGACAGUGGCUUUGUGUGCUGUGGGGAGGCUCCAUUGGGUCUGGCGUCCCGGGCCGAGCUGCUGCUGGAGGCUGCCUCCCUGUCAGAGGAGACAGCCUCAUUGCUGAGUGCCUGCUCACGCCUGCCACAUUCAUCCACCUACGAAGCUCUGUGCUGUAGUGAGCGCCGGGCUGUGCCGCUCCGCUGUGGCCUGGGCAGGGUAGCCGGAAUGGAUGGAGGGCCAAGUGUGAGCCUCAGCCAUCCCUGCCUUUCACACCACCACCUGUACCUACAUCAUUUGCGAGAGCAGGCAAUCCAGACAGAAUAUGACCAGGGUCCGGCCUCUGCGCCGGCCACUGGCCCCAGUGCACCUUUCAACUCUGACUUAGACACCAUUGCGGAGCGCACCUUCCGUUCCCAGGCUUGCAGCCCUACUUCCACCUGGUUGUCAGACGAGGGGGAUGAUUUGGACUCGGUUGCCACAGAAUCUGUUGUCACGGCCGCAGUUGCUAUGGAAUCUGUUGCCACGGACUCUGUUGCAACCGAGUCCAUUCUUGAGGAAGUUGCUGCCCCACAGUCCACCACCAUGUCGUUUUUUGCCAUGGAAUCAGCUAAUAAUAAAGUACCUGUUGGCAUAGAGUCAGUGGUUACUGAGAAUACUGUGGUCAAGCAGGCUGCCACUUUGCCCUCUGUUGCAGGGGAAUCUGCUAGAAAGGCACCUAUUAUCUUGGAGUCAACUGCUGUGGUUUCACCUAUGGUUCAUCCACAGCCAAACAGUCCUACUUCCUCCGCUCCCACUAUGCAACUGGAACCGUCAAUGGAUAACAAAGAGGAGCCAACACCCCAAACCUCCCAGCCACAGAGUAUGGCUUCCCAGGAAGAACAGGCGAGCAUCAGCGAGUUCACAGUUAUAGAAGUAGAUGAGGACAAUGAAGUUGAGCAGGGAGCAGAGUCUGGAACAAAUGAUUCUAAGACUUGCGGCAGUGGUCCCCCCGUAAAAAGCUACUGGAGCCGCCAUUUCCUGGUGGAUCUGUUGGCCGUGGCAGUGCCUGUGGUACCCACACUUGCAUGGUUCUGCCGGGGUCCACGCCAGGGCGGCCAGCCCGUGUACCACAUAGGAGCCCUGCUGAGGGGCUGCUGCACUGUUGCCCUCCACUCCCUGCGCCGCGGAGGAGGUCUGCGACAUUACCCUGCAGGGGGCGGGGGACCAGGUGGCAUGAAUAUAUGAUUGUAGCUCAUGUACAUCAAAGAGAGAGUCCCUGGAGCUUUUCACAGCACUGUUCACGGAUUGGUUCUGCACAGAAAUCAUGGAGCGAUAAUGAGCACUUGAAGCAGAAACAGGUCAGAGGUAAAACCGGCAGCGCAUCUGUUUUGCCGUAGAAUCCUGAACACAGCAGCUCUGGUCCUGCUGUAGUCUUUAUAAGGGAGGGGAGGAAGGUAUUUACCAGAAAAUCGUAGUUGUCAAUCUGAAACGGUCGCCCUUACCUUUAAAACCUCACCUGUGACCCCCUUCUCCAAGACUAGUUGGCAGGACAAUGAGCUACAGCGCACAUCCAACAGAUCAGACAUCUGACACUCAAUAAAUUCUCCCAGAAUACUCCUCGGUUGCCUGACACUGAUUGACUGAUUGUACCUUUUGGGGACUGAAGAAACAGCAAGGGAAAGGACCGAAUGCCAGAUUCUUCGUCUUCCUUUCUUCCCGUCCCUUAGUUUACUCAUACUACUGGUAUGGUCUUAAUGAGUACCACGGAAUUGAGGCCGGUUUGUAACACGUUGUGUGUGCGUUAAUACGUGUGAGUGUGUGUGUUCGUGUUGUGUUUUCUGUAUAGUGUAGCCAAAGCACCUAAAUGACUAAAGGCAGAUGUAUUGAUAACAGUUAUAGGUAUGAUAGUUAGCUCUUUCGUAAUGCCUGAGUGGCUGCCUGUGAAGAAUGGCAGUCGCCUUUUCCUUGUAGGAACCAGGCUAGCUGCUACUGGCAAGCUAUUGAUACGCGUUGCAUUUACCCCUGGUGUCACCGCUAGCGCAUAGUCCAUUAGAAAUGCAUAAAAACUAGUAUAUUUAUUCUGUUAUCCUAAGCCAAACUGGUAGUGUAUGAUAAACAAAUACGAUUGAACCUUAACCCUGUGUUCACAUUGAUAGGCAACAAGCUGCAAAGGUCACCCCAAAAUUUGUCUCUUGACUGCGUGUCGGGGUAGAUGAGGCAGCUCGCAUUGUCGGGUGUGGCCAGUUAGCAUGCUGGCUAAUCUAGCAAGCUACCUAUUCAGUUAUUUGCAACUUCCUUCCACACUUUGUUUUAUGUAGAACAGAAAAAGUAAAAAGUAAAAGGAGUUUAUAGCGCUUUGUUCCAUGUUUAGAACCACACUGUUAAGAAAAUGAAAAGUCUGGAGAUCAGAAGGGUCUGUGAUUGGUCUGAAGAAUUUGUUCAGCCAAUCGUCAGAAUUAAUUUGCAAAAAGUUUGACUCUGUGUCGCUGUUUUGCUCUGUUGCUUGCUGCUUGUCACCAAACCAAAGCUACAGUUUUAAUCCCUUCAUAGAAAAUGACUGGUCGCUUGUCACUUUGUUGCCUGCCAGUGUGAACGUAGUGCUAAGAAUGGUAGGGAAUUUCUGACUGAUGUUGAAGGACAAGCAAUCAUAAAGAGUUUAUAUUAAUACUUAAAGAAAAGGGCACGUGAUGAUGUUGAUCAGGAUCUAAGGACUGUACCAGGUCUACAUGAGGUCUCUGUAGGUACAUUUCUUGUUGUUUUUGCACUUUGAGAAAACUGUCAGUGUACGUUUUUCCCUUCCCCGUGAUAAAAAAUUGAUAGUGUCUAAUUUUUCAACGUUGGCUGUGAGGUCUUCACCAUUUGAAAAUGUUGUUCAUCUUCACCAUAACUUGUUGAAAUUGUUUUUUGACUGAAUCACCUCAACGUGGAGUGACGUUAAUCGACAUCAAUUGCACUAAAAUUCACUUUAUCAGUGGUUACUUGAAGUUUAGUAUGUUUGUGUAUGUUUAAAGUCCAGUGCAUCUACGUGUUCAGAGAGCAGAAGUUCAUAAAGACCACUAUUUCAAUGUACACCUACACACAUGCACCAGCUAUAUACAGUAAUUCGAAAUUCCUACCUGGGUCCACUUUGUAGGCAUAUUGUUAGAGACUUCUUUAAGCCCAUCUGUUGCCAUGCACUUUGAUUUCUUGGUCCUGAAAAUCUACCACACUGUGGAGUUUUCUUUCAAUCCUAAUCCAAAACACUGGAUCCAGGGAAUGACGGCCUUUAAUGGCAUUGAAUUUUAGACCCAGGUGUGUUGGAUCUGAUCUUCUCAGGGUAGUAGAUCACCAUGACCAGGACUGUACUUCCCAGUUGUAGCCCCCCAGCAAUGCAAAGUGUCUGUCUUAAAAACACCAGCAACAUCACUGUUCCAGCAACUUUUAGGGGGUAACGGUAGGUGUACUAGGUGUACUAAUACCGAACAACCAGGGUACAGACAUCACGGUUCAAUACAAGAGGCAUUUGGAGAAUACACGGUACAUACUUUUAUUAAUAUAGUAAUAAAAAAAGCAAUUGCCCCCUUUUCCUUUGCAUUAGCUGUGUCCAGAACUGUGCCUAAUUCACUGUCACCUAUAUUUGAAAAUUCAGAACAUUAAAUAGAGUACUUUUACAUGGACCAGAGACAGAUAAGAUAUCGACUGAUUUUGGAUACAUUUUCAUGCAUUUGAGCUCAGCUGUUUGUACACUACUUAAUGCAUGGUACUUAAUUGCCUUGCAUUGGUUGGAAUGGUGCACAGAAAAUUCUAAAGCUUGGUUGUAUCUCAAUUAGUGCCUAUUUUUUACAUAAAGUUUUAAGAGGUCAGAAAUCAGUAUUUGGUGGAAUAAUCCUGUUUUUUAAUCACAGUUUUUAUGCAUCUUGGCAUGUUCUCCUCCACCAGUCUUACACACUGCUUUUGGAUAACUUUAUGCCACUC